AUGACCUGUGCCUUGAAAUGCAGAUUCUCAAGAAGUUGUGGUAUUUGGCUGGAUGGUGAGGAAGCAUGCAACCAUGAUGCGUACUGGUAUUGCGGUGCUGGCAGGAAUACACUACCAUUGAUCACGCUCAAGGCGUCUCUCGAACCUAAGGCAUCUGACCUGAUGGAGCAUUUAAUAGAGAAUGCGCGAAGAGUAGUGAGCGUGAUCAAUCCGAAUGUGUCGAGGGAGAUGAGACGGCAUGUGUUGGAUGUGGAGGCCCAGGCUCGACAUUAUAAUCUCGACGGGAAGGCAACGAGAAAGCACGACGUUUACGCCAAGUACAGAGGCUGGUACUUUUAUGAAGAGAAUGUGACGCCGGAUGAGAUCGUCGGACAUUGGAAGUGGGAUGACUUGGCCAAGAACGAAUGCUGGUAUGAGGACGUGAUCAUGCCUGCAUUCAAGAAGCACGACGAGGAGUAUCGAGCCAGAAUCCGCGGACAGACCGAGGCUCGCAAAGCGAAUGAGGGGCGUACUUUGCUUGAACGACGCAGGUGGAGGACCAAGACGGCCACAGAUGAGGUAGCCAUGAAGCCAGCUUCCGAGAGGCAAGCUAAGAAGGAGAAGCGGGCAUCCAAGCAGCAGAAACAAUCAUCCGAGAAUCAAGCAGCCGACAAGCAAGAGACUGCGUCCGAGAGUGACGAAGACGCCGUGGCGGUCGAGAAGGAAGCGGCACUGACAGAGUAUAAGAAGGCACGGCCAACCUUCUGUGCAGCAGUGGGCAAGGUCCUGAGAAGCAUUGGAGGUAUUUUCAUUUGGAAGAAGGACUCGACGACUGAGCCCAUCAUGGUGGGAGAGAUGGAGAAGACGGGGUAG